AAAUAUUAAAAAUUAAUUAUAAAACAAAUCGAAUAUUUUUAAAUACAAAUUUGGUUAAUAAAAUAUAUUUUCCAUGCGUACAUUUCUCAUCAUCUAUUAAUUUUAUUAUGUUCGAGUCGAAACUCGUGCAAUUAUGGCAUUGCGAUUAAGAGAUUUCGAAAACCUGGAAAAGUAUAAGGUUAACGUCGAAAAUUUUCCGACGACUACGUCCGAUGAGCAAGCAGCUGUAGAAUCGAAUGUUGAACGAUUAUUUCUAUCGUUAGGAAAGAAAUGUGCCCUUGAUAGAAACUUACCCAAAUUACUAAGGAAUGAACACGAAAAAUUCCUUCGUCAAUCAUUAGCUUAUCUUUCUGCUGGGUACACUGUCAUUGAUGCAAGUAGGACAUGGAUGUGCUAUUGGAUUUUACAUGCAUUAUCUUUAUUAGAAGUCCAACUAUCUGAUACCCAAUUAAACAGUGUAGUGAAGUUUAUUGAGAAAUGUAAACAUCCUGGAGGGGGGUUUGGAGGUGGUCCCGGUCAAUUGGGGCAUUUGGCAACUACAUAUGCUGCAGUUAAUGCUUUAUGUACUAUUGGAACAAAAGCAGCUUAUGAUACCAUCGAUAGAAAUAAACUUGAAGAGUUUUUAUGGUCCGUUCGUACCCCAGAAGGUGCUUUUAUUAUGCAUAGAGAUGGUGAAGUUGAUAUUAGGGGUGUUUAUUGUGCCUUAGCCGUUGCGCAUUUGACCAACAUUGCCAGUAGUAAAUUAUUUGAAGGUACAGCUGAAUGGAUUAUAAGUUGUCAAACUUAUGAAGGUGGUUUUGCUGGUGCGCCAGGAUUAGAAGCACAUGGGGGAUACACAUUUUGUGGGAUUGCAGCUUUAGUUUUAUUGGAUAAAGCACAUUUAUGUGAUGUGAAAUCUUUACUGAGAUGGGUCGUUAAUAAGCAAAUGAAAUAUGAAGGUGGUUUUCAAGGUAGAACUAAUAAAUUAGUUGAUGGUUGUUACUCAUUUUGGCAAGCUGGUAUUUUUCCAAUAAUCUCGAGAAUUUUAAAAGAUGAUAAUCAAGAACCCGAUGAUCUUUUAUUUAACAGGGGUGCUUUACAAGAAUACAUAUUAAUUUGUUGUCAAUAUUUCGAUGGCGGGCUUAUCGAUAAACCGGGACAGUAUCGCGAUGCGUACCACACUUGUUAUACUUUAAGUGGGUUAUCAAUAUCUCAACAUACCUUCACUCAUGAAGUUUAUGUUUUGGGGUCAGCUUCUAAUAAACUUGAACGAACAAAUCCCGUUUUCAACAUUUGCAACCAUGCAGUGCGGAAAGCUAUAUUAUAUUUCUCCGAUGAACAAAAAGUUAUUGAAGUGAAAGAAAUUGUAGAAAAUACGUGAUAAGAUUUUCAUUUUGUUGAUAUUAAGCUUAAUACAGAAUUUUUUAUACCAAAA